CGACGGAGCGGCACUCUGAGGGAGACCGAGAGAGCGAGAGGGAGGCUGCGUCUGGUGCGUCCGUUCCUGCGCGUCACUUUGGAAAUUUGCGCUCAUGCGGUCCUGCUCGGAGAUGUGCUCGCGUGCCCGCGUCGCGUGGAAGUGGGCGCCCGAGCAACUGCUUUAACGGGACAGACUGACUAAUUGUCUCCAGCAUUGCCUUUAAUUGAUGUGGCGAGCGUCCCUCUGAUCACUGUCAUGAUUUUCCUCGUUUUCUCCCCUCCCGCUGUUUGAAAGUGGCCGGCUGCAGGUGUUCUCGUGACGCGGGUCUCGCCAGCCAGGAUUGGCACUAUGUGAUUUUGGAACAGACUCUGCCUUUUUUCGUGGACUAUUUCUCGAUUGGGAUAUUUCACAACUUGUUUUGAUGCCGUUGCCGCUUCCCGUGGACAAGAAGACAUUCUGAUUCAUCGUGAUGGUCUGGGGCUAUCCGAACUGACGGCAGAGUAGCACGAUCUAUCUGGAAACUGCUUGCGGACUGGUAAAAAAUGAAAGCCCCCAUCCCUCUUCUGCUUCUGCUUCAUGCCAUCGCGGUCCAUUGCCUGAAAGUGGUGUCGAAAAGAGGCUCAGUGGAAGGCUGCACAGACUGGUCAGUGGACUACCUGAAAUACAAGGUGCUUCUGGGAGAACCCGUGAGGAUUAAGUGUGCUUUGUUCUAUGGAUAUAUCCGAGCCAACUACACCCAUGCGCAGGCCGCAGGACUAAGCCUUAUGUGGUACAAAAGUGCAGGACACGGGGACUACGAGGAACCCAUCAGUUUUGACGGCGCAAGGAUGAGCAAGGAGGAGGACGCGAUAUGGUUUCGACCAGCAGAGCUGGAGGAUGUGGGGUUCUACUCCUGUGUAUUAAGGAACUCCACUUACUGCAUGAAAGUGUCCAUGUCUCUCACGGUGGCGGAGAACGACACGGACCUCUGCUACAACUCCAAAAUGAGGUUCUUCGAGAAGGCAGAGCUGAGCAAAAGCAAAGACAUCACCUGCCCCGGCAUUGAGGAUUAUAUACAGCCAGGAGUGGAGCCUGACAUCGUUUGGUACAAGGAAUGUAAGCCAAAGCAGUGGAGGCAAACCAUAGAGAGGAGGCGGGACACGCUGUCCAUCAAGGAAGUACGGGAAGAUGACAUUGGGAAUUACACCUGUGAACUGCAGUUUGGGAACUUUGUGGUGCGGAGGACGACCGAGCUGUCGGUGACAGCUCCCCUGACGGACAAGCCGCCGAAAAUCCUCUUCCCCUCCGAGAGCCAAAUGAGCGUCCUAGAAAUGGCAAUAGGGAGUCCGGUCAACCUGACCUGCAGAGCCUUCUUCGGCUACAGCGGAGACGUCAGUCCGCUCAUCUACUGGAUGAAGGGGGAGAAGUUCAUCGAGGAUCUGGACGAGGAGCGCGUUCAGGAGACUGACAUCAAGACGAUCCGGAAGCACCUGGGGGAGCAGGAGGUCUCCAUCUCCCUGACCAUCGACUCUCUGGAGGAGAGCGACCUCGGCAACUACUCCUGCUACGUGGAGAACGCCAACGGACGGAGGCAGGCCAAUAUCCAGCUCAUCAAGAAAGCGGAGCUCAUGUACACCGUGGAGCUGGCCGGAGGUCUGGGAGCCAUCCUGCUGCUGCUCAUCUGUCUGGUGACGCUGUACAAGUGCUACAGGAUCGAGCUCAUGCUCUUCUACAGGAACCACUUUGGCAGCGAGGACAUCGAUGGAGAUAACAAGGACUACGACGCCUACUUGUCCUACACCAAAGUGGACCCGGACCAGUGGAGCCAGGAGACGCGCGAGGAGGAGCGCUUUGCCCUGGAGAUCCUCCCCGACGUCCUGGAGAAGCAUUAUGGGUAUAAACUCUUCAUUCCAGACAGGGACUUGAUCCCCACAGGAAGUUUCACCAAUGAUCAUUUCCAGGAUGACACAAGACUACUUAGAGCCUACAUCGAGGACGUGGCGCGCUGCGUGGACCAGAGCAAGCGGCUCAUCAUCGUCAUGACGCCGAGCUACGUGGUGCGGCGCGGCUGGAGCAUCUUUGAGCUGGAGACGCGGCUGCGCAACAUGCUGGUGACGGGCGAGAUCAAGGUCAUCCUGAUCGAGUGCGCCGAGCUGCGCGGCAUCAUGAACUACCAGGAGGUGGAGGCGCUCAAGCACACCAUCAAGCUGCUGACGGUCAUCAAGUGGCGCGGGCCCUCCAGCAACAAGCUCAGCUCCAAGUUCUGGAAGCAGCUGCUCUACGAGAUGCCCUUCAAGCGCAUGGAGCCCCUGAGCAUCUCCCACGAGCAGGUGCUGGAGGUCAGCGAGCAGGGCCCCUUCGGCGAGCUGCAGACCGUCUCCGCCAUCUCCAUGGCGGCGGCCACCUCCACCGCCAUGGCGACGGCGCACCCGGACCUGCGCUCCACCUUCCACAACUCGUGCCACACCCAGAUGAGGCAGAAACACUACUACCGUAGCUACGACUACGACCUGCCGCCCGGCGGCACGCUGCCGCCGCUCUCGUCGCUGGGCAACCAGCACACCUACUGCAACAUCCCCAUGACGCUCAUCAACGGGCAGCGGCCGCAGGCCAAGUCGCCGCGGCAACAGAGCCUGGAGGAGGCCCACGGGAACAACGCCAUGCUGCCGCUGCUGCCCAGGGAGACCAGUAUAUCCAGCGUGAUCUGGUGACAGAGAUGGUGCCAGGCGGCGUGGACCUCGGCUCUACAUGUCCGUCACAGGGAGGACUCACCACUGGCACUUGGACCCUGAGCGCACUCAAGCCAGGUGAACCCCAAUGGCUCUAAGCUACUUGCUGCUGUUGAAUUUGCACCAGGAAACAACAGGGAGGGAGAGAGGAGGGAGGAGGAGGAUGCACUGGACGCUGGUGAUGGAGAUGCUGGCAGAUUUAGUUUUGUUUUUGUUUUGUUUUUUUGUUUUUGGUCCAAUAAGAGCUUUUAGUGAAACUGAAAACAAAAAAAGAAGCAAGAGAACUUUUUUUGUAUGCCUGUAAAAACACUCAGUAACACAAGCCAACACCUACGAUCAUUUACCCAGAGAGUCGAGGAAUACAGGGUCCUGUACAUACGUUUUUCUAAUUCUUUGUAGCAUCGGUGUUUGGGACUUGUUUCUUCUCUAUGUUUUCCUGAUCGGUUUUGGGACUCGUUCUCCUUUUAUUUUUUUCUUCAGUUUCAGUUCGUACAAAGUGAAACAAUGGCCUGUGAGAUGUGUCGGUUCAACCGUUGUUACCUUUUUCUUAAUUUGUUGGCUGGUGUAGUUUAUAAAGCUUUUGGGGAUUUUGGGGGGGGGGGUCGAGGGUCCCAGUCUUUGCAAGAGGAGAAGGAUCCGGCUUGGAUUUCAGCUGCGGGGGUCCGGCUGCAGUGGGGGGUCAACGAUCUGGACUGAACCAGAAUAUGCAAAAGGUGGAGUCCGGAGCGCGGGAGCAGCCCGGUUUCCUGAAUCGACGGGAGGCUUCGGGGGAAAGAAAGUCUGUGGACGGGGACGCGAAGAACACGGUGCUAGGCUUCCCAUUGCUCUUUCUCUCACGAUAAUAUUUACUUUGAAAGAAAAAAAAACAGCCUUGCUAUUUACCUUAACAGAUGAUUAUAUGACAAAAAUGAAUUAUGUGUAUUAUUUUGAGAAAACAAAAGUCUAUUUUUGUAACCGAGGGAUAUUUGCUUAGAGAAGUUCUAAAGUUUUAGACAGGUGGAAUGGAGGAAAUAAUAAAAAGAAUAAUGUUUUGUUACGUGGAACUGCAUUGCUCCUGAAAACCGAUAGGUCACUCACUAAAUGUCUUACCCCGACGUUGCGAGAGAGAAACGUCGGUGUCGUCAUCUUCCCCAACAGAUGAGGUCUGACGUUUCCAACGCGCUGCGGAUUACAGCUACACUGACGUUUGGGUCCAUUGGGAGUGUGCGUGUUUUUUUCUUUUCCCCAUUGUUGAUUUUGAUGUUGAUUUCACAAUCAUUGCAGCAACUCGCGGGCGAUUUAACGAAGUCGGAGCCGCGCUGCCGAUGAUGUCGGAGCGGAUGGAGGCGGAGGACGCCACCGCCACCCGUCACCUGACGCUCACUGUGCUCAGCUUCGUCUCAGCCCAACCAGACUCGUUGUGUUAUCGCUCCCCUUCAUUACCUCUUAAAUGACAGCUCUGUUAUUCGUUUACCCCCCCCCCCCCCCUUGUCAACGGAAAUGACUCGUAUGUUGCGUUCCACCUUCAGAUAAAUAAAAUAGGGCUCUCCCAUCUCCGUUCUGGACACUCUUGAGUCGGAUCCGCUGCGGCGAUGAGACAAAGGAAUAUGACAACCAUAAUGAAGAGUUUCACCUAAAACAGCUGUUGGCUUCGUAAUAAAGUUGUAAAAAGUUCUUAAAGUUUAGUUAUUAAUAUAAAAGUAACCUUUUAGACAGUGUAACCUGUUAUGCUUUUGACCUACUGACCAAUAACCAUCAUGGGGCGUCGUCUCCUCACAUCCAGUAGCCUUUUAGAAUGAAACCCUUCUUAAAAAAUAAAAAAAUAAAAAACAUCAUGAUGUAAUAACUCAAACGUGACGAGAAUGUAUUUAAAAAUGCAGAUUAAAUCAUGGAGUUUAUGGAAUCAUACAAUAUAAAUGCUACUUAAAGCAACGUUAGACCAAAGCAAGCUACCGUCACCUGCUCUGACUCUCGAGCCGAGGGGGAAGUGAGCGGAAACGAGACGCGCGCCACCGUACGCGACUCCUCCUGCAGCUGUGCCAGAAACGAACCUCCUCCUAAAACAUCUGCAGCAUCUCCUGAUGUAGAUGUUUUAUUCAGUGCCAUAAAAUAUGCAAAGUGAUGGAAGGCCUAAACACUACAUGAACAAUUGUAUUCCCCCUUUAUCUUCUUGCAAGUCUCCACAUAUUGCUUUUAUAAUUUUAAUUUAUCAGACUGUGGCAGAGCUGGGCCCUCUGACAUUAAACGAAAAUCAGCGUCUUUGCUCAGAGUGGGGGACGGUAUCGAGUAAUAUUGUAAAGGAAAUGUCCGCUCUUUUCAGAUAUUCCAGUAAAACGAGUAGCGGCCGGGCCUCGGUCGGCCCCGGGGACGCGUGGGUUACGUUGAAGGGCACCGUGUCUGAACCCGGGGAUGCGUCGUGCUCCGUGACGUGUGUAAAUAAAACCACAGCGACGCGAAUAAGAUGAAGACAAUCGAGCCAUAUAUCCACUGAAGCAGCAGCUGCUGAUCCGCGAGGCCUCUCAGUAGGGAGUCGGUCCACGCGUAGGGGGAGGAGUCGGUGGCAGGAGCUCGGCUCCGUCAGAACCCGCGGGAAAAUCCACUUCUUUUGGUUUUUUAAGCAGUCUGAGAUUUUUGUUUCACGAUGGAUUGAACUCUUCUUCUGGCGAUGUGGCUUUGAUUAUUAAAAGAUGAUGAUGAUGAAAAACAGUGACAAUAUAUAGCACAGAUUUAUUCCAGGCACUUUCACGACUCGAGACAACAGACAGUCUCUCCUGUUUCUGAUUUAUUUUCUAUUAUGUAUCUGCAGUGUUCAUUAAAAGAGAUACUGUUAUUAUUAAUAAAACCACAUUUACGGUAA